UUCAUAGCUCCUAUCUACUGUUUUAUUUCUCAGAGUCCCCCAAGAGAGCAUUGGAACGGAGUCCUGAAAGGUUACUACGUCAGCUACAAGGUCAAGGACUCUUCAAGUAGAUUCUCUUAUGAGACUGUGACGAAAGAUGACGUCACAGACAAAGAUGAAGAAGAAGUAACAAUUCAAGGUUUGAACGUUGGAACAGAAUACAUAGUGACUGUGAAAGCUUUUAAUAGUGCAGGAACCGGACCUUCGUCAGAGGAAGUGAUGUCUGCCACUCUCCGGGGAGAUCCACCGUCAGCUCCGGACCUAAAACUUGUAAGUGUAGACUAUGAUGCUAUGAAGUUAGACUGGGAAACCCCACAGAUCAGUUUACCUGUUUUACAAUACAAUUUAGAAAUCAAAGAAAAUGGCAAAAGAAAACAGCAGCUCCACCUGCCAGGAACAAUAAACAACUAUCAGGUAAUGCAUCUAAAGGCAGGAUCAAAGUAUGAGGUCAGCUUGGCUGCUUACAAUGUAUUUGGAAAAGGAAGAGCUUCAAAACCUAUUGUGGCUUUUACUGAAAGUAAUGGUAAGGAAGAAUGGGUCACCAAGUGUGUUGAAAGUAAUGGUUGGAAGAAUGGGUCACCAGGUGUGUUGAAAGUAAUGGUUGGAAGAAUGGGUCACCAGGUGUGUUGAAAGUAAUGGUUGGAAGAAUGGGUCACCAGGUGUGUUGAAAGUAAUGGUUGGAAGAUUGGGUCACCAGGUGUGUUGGAAGAAUGGGUCACCAAUUGUGUUGAAAGUAAUGGUAAGGAAGAAUGGGUCACCAGGUGUGUUGAAAGU